AGAUAAAACUGAAGGCUCAGCAAUAAACCUCUAAAAUGCAGGCCUCCAGCUCUAGGUCUGUGCACCUGAGUGAAUGGCAGAAGAACUACUUUGUAAUUACGUCUGACAUAUGUACAUCAGGACAGAAGGCGGAUGCAUACCGAGCACAGAUAUUACGCAUUCAGUAUGCAUGGGCAAACUCCGAGAUCUCCCAGGUCUGUGCUACCAAACUGUUCAAAAAGUAUGCAGAGAAAUAUUCUGCAAUUAUUGAUUCUGACAAUGUUGAAUCUGGUUUGAAUAACUAUGCAGAAAACAUUUUAACUUUGGUCAGGUCUCAGCAAACUGACAGUGAUAAGUGGCAGUCUGGAUUGUCAAUAAAUAAUGUUUUCAAAAUGAGUAAUGUACAGGAGAUGAUGAAAGCUGGCAAAAAAUUCAAAGACUCUCUUUUGGCACCUGCUGAUACAUCAGUAGUAAUCCAUAAGGAGGCCGUUGUCCUUGAUCUUCCUAAAUUUAGUGUUUGUGGUGAUUCUGGGGAGAGUGACGCAUUAACUAAGUCAGCUGGUGGUACAGUUAGGACCCAAGACAUCCCAGAGAGCAGUCCUUCUUUGAAGUGCCCUCAGAAUGCCCAGCCACCUAUGGUGACUAACACCACCAAGAUGUGUCCUGCAUUUUCAGUGCCUUUUGGUGAAUCAGCCACUGCAAAAUUCCAUGCCACACCAUUAUUUGGAAAUGUCAAAAAGGAAAAUAACAGCACUCCAAAAGCCAGCAUAGGACUAAAUAUGUUCUCAUCUAAUCAGUCUUGUUUUCCUUCUGGCUGUGAAAAUCCAUGGGAACGGAAAGCUUUUUAUGGUUCUGGCACCAUUGAUGUACUUUCCACCCCAGUACUGAGUAAGGCUCUUACUAAAACAGAAGAUAAUGGCCAAAAGGAGGAAAGCAGCCUGCCUACUUUUAAAACUGCAAAAGAACAAUUAUGGGUAGAUCAGCAAAAAAAGCACCACCCACCCCAGCGUUCAUCAGGGUCUUCAUAUGGUGGUGUAAAAAAGUCUCUGGGAGCUAGUAGAUCCCGAGGAAUCUUUGGGAAGUUUGUUCCUCCUAUACCUAAGCAAGAUGGGGGAGGUCUGAAUGGGGGAAUGCAAUAUAAGCCUUAUGGUGCAGGACCUACAGAACCAGCACAUCCAGUUGAUGAGCGUCUGAAGAACUUGGAGCCAAAGAUGAUUGAGCUCAUUAUGAAUGAGAUUAUGGAUCAUGGACCUCCAGUAAAUUGGGAAGAUAUCGCAGGAGUAGAAUUUGCCAAAGCUACAAUAAAGGAGAUAGUUGUGUGGCCCAUGAUGAGGCCAGACAUCUUUACUGGUUUACGAGGACCCCCUAAAGGAAUUCUGCUCUUUGGUCCUCCUGGAACUGGUAAAACUCUAAUUGGCAAGUGCAUUGCUAGUCAGUCUGGGGCAACGUUCUUUAGUAUCUCUGCUUCCUCCUUGACUUCUAAAUGGGUGGGUGAGGGGGAGAAAAUGGUCCGUGCAUUGUUUGCUGUUGCAAGGUGUCAGCAACCGGCUGUGAUAUUUAUUGAUGAAAUUGAUUCCCUGUUAUCUCAACGGGGAGAUGGUGAGCAUGAAUCUUCUAGGAGGAUAAAAACUGAAUUUCUAGUUCAAUUAGAUGGAGCAACCACAUCUUCUGAAGAUCGUAUUCUGGUGGUGGGUGCAACUAAUCGGCCACAAGAAAUUGAUGAGGCUGCUCGGAGAAGGUUGGUAAAAAGGCUUUAUAUUCCCCUCCCAGAAGCCUCGGCCAGGAAACAGAUAGUAACUAAUCUGAUGUCCAAGGAGCAGUGUUGCCUCAGUGAAGAGGAAAUUGAACUGGUUGUACAGCAGUCUGAUGGAUUCUCUGGAGCAGACAUGACACAGCUUUGCAGAGAAGCUUCUCUUGGUCCUAUUCGCAGUUUACAGACUGCUGACAUCGCCACAAUUACACCAGAUCAAGUUCGACCGAUAGCUUAUGUUGAUUUUGAAAAUGCUUUGAGAACUGUGCGACCUAGCGUGUCUCCAAAAGAUUUAGAGCUUUAUGAAAACUGGAACAGAACUUUUGGUUGUGGAAAGUAAAUGGGACACUUGAAAUUAAAAGAUGGCAUCUUUGUAGUACACUCUUCCAUUUUUUAGCAUAGGAAAUUAGGAAUUUAUUAAUUGUACUUUUAGUGUAUAUUCUCAAUUCUGUACCUUAAGUAGAAUAACAAUAGCUCAAGUUUGACGAUUGACCUAGCCUAUGUUAAUAUGAGCUUUAUUUUUCUUCCAGUUAUUACCUGAUGUGUAAGCCGAUUCAUACAAAAUGAGAAUGAACUUUUUAUGUUACUAAGAGGUCUUUCUUUUGAAGAUAUAUGAUAUGAUGAAUAGUGAGCUCAAAUUGAAACUUUUUUUAACUCUAAUUUGUAUAUGAGGAUGUAUCUGAUUUAUAUUCAUCUUUUAGUGAAGAAAGUGUCUUCUGAAGACCACAUGAUUCUUAGUGUUGGCUAGUAUAAUAGUUUGCAUUUGAAAUAAAACAUUGCUUACCAUUGUUUUUAGAUAGACUUAAGAUCUCACCGAAAGCUGGAGUCAAAGUGCUAGUUUUUACUUUCUUCUGGUUUGUGACCUCUUACAGUUUUUUUUUUCCUUACCAGAACUAACUUGAAUAAAAACAUGUUCAGAAAUAGCAAGGUGUAAUCUAAUAUCAGAGACAUAUCCACAGAACUGAAAGGUGAAGAAUGUUGUACUUUUCCAGGCGGUAUAUGAUGUUUAAAAUUAGUGUUUUAUUUGACUCUACUUCACAGCCUAUAGUAUUGCUGUCUUUCAAAAAUAAAUGUUAUAAAAUUUU